CGCGCGGGGGACAAUGCUCUCAUCUACCCGUAGGUAGUCUCAUCGGACUCGACUGAGACGGAGGGAUCAGAGACGGUUGACAUCAAUCUUGUUUACACUCUUGAUUAGCAUCGAUCGAUAGUCCCUCUCUUUCUCUCUCUCCGUCACUCUGCCUGUCUCUGCGUGUAGGUAUGUACUUACUUCCCUGCUGCAGGUGUCAUUGACAGGGUGCAACGAUCCCUCCUGAAUGGCCGAGGCAUCUCGGAGCAUCUCACACAUACGAAUGCACACAAUCGGUGCUAAAUCACGCUCACUUUCCUCUUCCAGCCUGUCUCGCCCACUGAUUUGCGUUCGUGGCCUUGUCUUCCAAGGUUUGGGUCUUGUAAAAAGGAAUGUCCUAGAUAUCGGUUAGAUUCCACUCCUCGUGUAAGGGGAAACGAGCAAAGAUGGCCUCAUCACCUCUUCAUCCACCCAACCUACCCUUUGACCAGAUGUCACUGGUAUUACAUCUCGGCUACAACUCGCCCGGCGCAAUCUACCCGCACCAUGCCUGAGACCACGACAAGAACAGGCAUCGCAUUCGUUGAUCGUCUCGGGGCCGCCUGACUGCAUACCGCAGCCGCAGUCGUCUUAUUCGUCCCGGGGCGAACCAGACCAUGUGUGAUUCCCGCGCCCUUGGUCCCGUCUCAUACGUUGUCGCGGUCCACCUUCGGUAGUAAGGCUGCAUCACACCAUCAACUGGCUCCCGCGAGGGGGGCUUGUUUGAAGCCAAGCGUAUGGUCUACCUUGGGUCCCACAGCCUCUCCGGCAGUAGCCAACGUAAGAAGCUCACUGAUCCGCGCCCUCCUUUCAGUCUUGGGGGCCGUUUGAUGCCUGCUUCCCCCCUUGCGGCUCCCCAUUGUGAUAUAUAUCGACCGUCCAGUACGUCUUCUUCCCUGUUCGUCUUGACGAGAGAAUAUCAUCGGUUAUGGUCAUACUGUCUUUGCAAUAACCUGUCUCUCACCAAAAACGUCCGAGUUGUCAACAUGGUUGGAGUCCGCGGCAAGUACAAGGGAUGCGAGACAUGCAGGGCUCGAAGAGUCAAGUGCGAUAACGAACGGCCACACUGCCGCAAGUGUAUCGAUAGCGGCCGCGAAUGUGCUGGCUACGAACGAGAAAUGGUCUUCAUCACCGCAACCAUAGACGACGCCGGCCGCUGCUCAUCACAUCCGCCCCGCCAGGUCCAGCCGUCUUCUUCGAGGAGUUCUAGGAGAAGCCAAACCGUGGAGGACGAAAUUCCUCGCUUGGUACCGACAGAACCGUUGAUGCCAGCAUGGGAUGAUUUGGUUUCCGUAUCCGACAACGGUGUCAUAUACUCGAUACAGAUCGCGGCAUUGCACACCAGGUUCCAGAACAUCCUUAGGGGUCCCGAAGGGCAAAGCCAAGUAAAGUUCCGGAUGGCCCUACCGCCCUACUCACCAGUUGAUAUGGAGACAUGGGAUAACGGCGGAAACAUGGACCUGAAUGCGCAGAACAUGAUCAGUCUGUUGCCAUCGGGGAAUGACAACGGAGCCCCCGAAGGUCUUUGCGUGUUUUUAUUCGAGCAAAAUCCAUCCUUUUUGGUGACCAACGGCAUGACACCCUGGAGUGUCCCCCAAGAGCAUAUGGACGUCGUCAAGAAGCUUGGACCGGAACAAUUUCGUCAGUUCCCAGCCCACCACUAUUUCGUCAGGGUAUAUAGGUGUAAUGCUAUCAUACUCGCUCUCUUACACCGAAAGACGACGUUUCUUUCUUCGUUCGAAUGGUGCACUACACCGUGGGAACAGCACCCCAAGACGUUUCUCGACAGGCUCUUUGAUAUCAUCGCCGGGUUGCCUGGCGUCUUCUCUCGCGUCGACCGAACGGUACCCUUUGCUGCAACCUUGCAGCGUCGGUUAAAGGCACAGGAGCUGUUGGAGAGCUGCUUGGAAAUAGAACGAAGGCUGGAGGAGUGGGAGUCGUACGCCCGCGCGCCUACUGCCGAGCACCCGUAUGCGUACUGGAUAGAAGAGCCGGAUGAUCCAGAUGCGCAGCAGCUACCCUUUGCGGACAACUUCGCCUUCAAGGAUGGUGUGUCGUCCGUCAUGUUCCUGUAUCACUGGAUGACACUGCUGCUCCUCCACCGCUGCAUCGAGUGCCUGCACCACACCAUCUUCCAGCCUGUCAUCGAGGACUUUCCCGACAUGUACCCGGAUCUGCCUCCGAAUCUGCAGAUCAACCUGGGCAGGUACCAACAGAGGCGGGAGUUUGCGUCAAGAAUCUGCAGGGCGCUCGACUUUGCGCUGUCGACGACAGUUCAGCCGGACAUGUUGGUUGCACCACUAGCCGUGGCCAUGGAGUUCUAUCGCGAGAUCAAUGCGUCGUCAAGGGACGGCGAGCUCGAGAUUAUGUGGUGCGAAAACUUCAGGCUGCGUUUGACCUCCAAAGGUCACGAUAUUGCCAAUGUUUUGCAGAGCAGAUCAUGGGCCGACAUUGCCAGGUUCUGAGCCAGCUGGCUACUCGCUCCGUCUGCCUGACGGUUGAAAAGGGGAGUAAUGGGUACGAUGAAAACAUGGUGGAAGGUAUGGAUUGGCGCAGGUGCAUUGCAUUUCUGAGAGUAUCAAAGUCGAGAGCGCUGGCCAUUUGACGUUCGACCUGAUGUAGAGGGUAUUGGUGGACUGCCACCUAUAUCCUGCCAUAUAUUGUUAAUAUUUUGAUGGAAAAACCAAAAGGUGUGUUGUAGAAGACGAUCUUCACUGAGAUAUAGAGAUGUCAAAAGAAC